AUGCUCCUCCAUCUACUGACCCUCGCUCUAACUGCCACCUCUUCCCUAGCCUUCGAUGGUAAGUCCGAUGAGACUACAGCGGCUCCAACUCCUGACGUGGCGACUACCCUUGACGAGACCUCUGAACUUGGAACCUAUUGUAAAUUUUGGUUGGAUGAUCCAGUGUGUUAUGGCAUCCUCAAGAAGAAUGACGGCAGUUUGUGCUUUGUAGCGACUGAUGAGGCAUGCGAGGGUGAUCCUUACCCCUGCGGUUCCCAAACUGAGGCACCAAUCGAGACCACUGAAGCUCCGGUCGAGACCACUGAAGCUCCGGUCGAGACGACUGAAGCGCUGACCACUGAGGGUCCGGUCGAGACCACUGAAGCUCCGGUCGAGACCACUGCGGCUCCGGUCGAGACCACUGCGGCUCCGGUCGAGACCACUGCGGCUCCGGUCGAGACCACUGCGGCUCCGGUCGAGACCCCUGCGGCUCCGGUCGAGACCACUGAGGCUGUUGUCGAGACCACUGAAGCUCCUGUAGCAACCACUGAAGUUUCUGUAGCAACCACUGAUGCACCGGUCAAGACCACUGAAGCUCCUGUGGGAACGACUGGGGGACCAGUUGAGACCUUUGAGGCUCCGGUUGAGACCACUGCGGCUCCGGUCGAGACCACUGAGGCUCCGGUCGAGACCACUGAGGCUCUGGUCGAGACCACUGGGGCUCCGGUCGAGACCACUGAAGCUCCUGUAGAAACCACUGACGCACCAGUCGAGACCACUGCCGCUCCGGUCGAGGCCACUGAGGCUGCCGGAGAGACCGCUGAGGUUCCGAUCUAG